GGAGAGAGUCACCACGUGAUCCCGGAGAGGAUCCAUAAGGCCUGUGUCCUUGGAAGUGAAGCAGGCUCCCAGCAAGGCCGAGACCUUGCAGACAGAGCCAGUGAGGAAAAUGAAGCUCCCGAUUUUCAUAGCAGAUGCGUUCACAACCACAGCUUUCCGUGGCAAUCCUGCUGCCGUCUGCCUCCUGGAAAAUACAUUGACUGAAGACGCCCAUCAACAAAUUGCAAGGGAAAUGAACCUCUCCGAAACAGCUUUCAUCAGGAAACUGCAACCAAGUGACAACUUCACACAAAGUUCCUGCUUUGGACUAAGGUGGUUUACACCAGUGAGUGAGGUUCCUCUGUGCGGCCAUGCCACCCUGGCCUCUGCGGCUGUGCUGUUUCACAAAAUAAAGAACACAAACAGCACUCUAACCUUUGCCACCAUGAGUGGGGAACUAAAGGCCAGAAGAGCAGAGGACGGGAUUGUCUUAGACUUUCCUCUCUACCCAGCCUUCCCCCAGGACUUCCAUGAAGUGGAAGGCUUGAUAAAGGCAGCCAUAGGUGACACCCUAGUCCAGGAUAUCCAGUACUCUCCAGAUACCCGAAAACUCCUGGUCCGGCUCAGCGACUCUUACAGCAGGUCCUUUCUAGAGACCCUGAAAGUGAACACAAAGCCUCUGCCUGGAAUUGAAAAGACAGGGAAGGUGAAAGGACUCAUUCUCACUCUCAGAGGACAGCCUGAGGGGCAGACACCCCAAUAUGACUUCUACUCCAGAUACUUUGCACCAUGGGUUGGUUUGCCUGAAGACCCGGUAACAGGAUCGGCGCACACCGUUCUCAGCAGUUACUGGUCCCAGCAGCUUGGGAAGAAAGAGAUGCGAGCCUUUCAGUGUUCCUGCCGAGGAGGGGAACUGGACAUUUCCCUGCGACCUGAUGGACGAGUUGACAUGAAGGGCGGCGCUGCUAUUGUCUUAGAGGGAACACUGACAGUCUAGAGACACUUGUGCUGGGCUGUGGCCACUGCUAAAUACAGUGUUUUCUCCAUACCAAAACAAAUACAAAACCCUAAGCCAAACCAGCAACAAAUGCCCAGAGCUUGCUUCAGCAAGCCCACCGACCAGUGUCCUCAACCCUCUUGUGAAGAGCAGAAAGGGAAGGCGGCCGAUGGAGGUGAGAGAGCAUCUCAUCUCCUGACUCCUUAGCUGAUGAAGGGCUCUGGUCCCUGCCUGUGUGUAUCUUCAGGAACCUCAUUCAGCAGGGAGUGAUGCUGUCUCUUCUUUUUUGGGGGUGGUGGUGGGGCGGCUUCGAGACAGGGUUUCUCUGCGGCUCUGUCCUGGAACUCGCUCUUGUAGACCAGGCUGGUCUUGAACUCACAGAGAUUCACCUGCCUCUGCCUCCCAAAUGCUGGGAUUAAAGGUGUGCGCCACCACUGCCCACCCGAUGUCACUCCUUUUGAUUAUGACUGCCAACCAAAGGGAGAAGUUCAUUGAUAAGGAGCCAGCCGAGGCCACUUAAAUUUAGACUCGGGUACCUGACAGAGUAUUUCACAGCUGUUCAGAAGAAUUAGUAGCUCUGUGGAAAUGCAAUGUUGCUAAAAAUCCCUUCCUUGUGGGUCACAUAAACAUUUCCUCCCCCUCAUCUGAGUUUCCAAAGAGAAACUGAGGUACAAGGCCACCAAAGUUCCCUCAGGGCACCAGUGAGCUAUUGGGCUUACUUACGGAGCACCAGAGAGGGAUUACUUGCAGAAGCAUGGCUGUGCCCUCCUGAAAUGUGGCACCGGGAAAGGCUUUAACCAGCAACGAUGAUGACUUUCCUGUAGCGGCACAGAUGGAGCCCCCACGUCCUUAGUGUUUGUGAUUAGGGAAGCAUUCCAUACCAUAGGUGGAAGGAGAGGCUAGAUACUCAGGUGAGGGUCCUGUGACCUCCCCACCCCUCUAAGUUAAGGAACCCAGCUGGCAUGGUCUUUUGCAAGUGGGACAGCUGAACUGAAGACUGCAGUUGCUUGGCUCAGAGUACCAUCCUGAGUGACACACAGGAAAACAUCUCACAAUGUAACAACACUAAGACUAAUAGACUAAAAACUGUUAGGGAGCUUGUCCUGUGAUGGGGGUGGGGGGCGUAUUUGGAUCUGUAUGAGCUGUGAAGAUAGCAAAAUGAAACAGUUUGUGUUGAGGGACAAUGUAAAGUUGAGGACAAUGAAAAUUUCAGUGUAGCCAAAAGAAACAAAACGAUGAUUUGAGGGCUAGCAAGAUGGCUGAGUGGCUAAAGCACUUGCCUUCAAGGCUGACAACCUGAGUUCGAUUCCUGGGACCCACACAGUAGAAACAGGGAACCAACUCCUGCAUGUUGUCCUCUGACUUAUAUAUACAUAUAUAGCUGCUGUAGAAUGCAUACACUCACACAUAUACAAAAACCAAAUACAUGUAAUAAAAAUCAUUUUCUUUAUUUUUGCACUCAUGUUUAAUAACUAAAACCUAGGACAAAACUCAGAAAAUUAAUAGAAGAGAGGAUGUAUUAGGUGGGCUGGGGGCUUGAUGAGUGAAACACUUGCCAGGCAAGCCUUAUCCUUGGAAUCCCGGUAAAAGAUGGAUGCAGUGACAAGUGGCUGUAAUCCCAUUAUACUUUUGUCAAGAUGGGAGAAUCCACCUCCAACCAUUAUCCUUCCAUAUCCACUCCCUACCCACCCCCCCACCCCACGACACCUGGAAACUCACAGGCCAACACAUACAGCACAGUGGCAAACACUCAGAGACUCAGCCUCAAACAAGGUAGAAAGUGAGAGCUAGGACUGUGGGGAUUCCCCACCACCCAGCCAGGCAUGUGGUACACACCUGUAAACCUAACACUGGUGAGGGAAAAGUAGGAAGGAUCAGAAUUCCAAGGCCAGCUCCAGCUGUCUAGCCAAUGAAUUUGAAGCCAUCACAGGCUCCCUGAGACCCUGCUUCAAAAAGCAAAAACUGCAACAAACCUGUUAGAAUCUCUAGAAAGGACUUGGGAAGCACAGCAAUUGUAAAUCAUCCCUAGCAGAAGAGAAAGGGAGGGGGGUUCCCUGAGCACGAUCCCUUCAUCAGCAUCAGCACCAUAUGGGAACUUGCUAGGAAAGCAGAAUCAUCGGCCCUCUUCUGGACCCACUUGUGUGUGGAGCUCUGCGGCCUGGGGCCAGCUCUUUGAAUUUCAACAGUCCCUCUAGCGGAUGGGUUAGUGUGAGACCUGCCCUGCACUCCGGCCUCCAGAUGUAGGGGCCGUUUCCAUCACUCUCUUGAUGAUCGCCUGUGCAGCUCAAUGGCAUUUGACUGCUACAACUCAGAAGCUCCCGACUGCACCAAUAAUACUUGCUGCUUAGAAGUGCACUUUUUUAAGAGUCGGUUUUGUGUUAGCUUCUGGCUCUGUCCGGCAGAGAAAAAUUACCUGUGCUCAGGUGGGAGUUGUUCCGUAAUAUGUUAGUAACAAACAGAUUAGUUAAUCAGCCAUGAUUUAUUCAUGAAGAAUUAAUUACACCUGGUUGUGCACCUCUGAUGCACAAAUGGGGCUUUAAAGGAGUUAUUUUAUUCAUCACCAUGGUGCUAAUUGCAGACACAGAAGGAUCACUAAUUAAACAUGCAAACGAGGCCACAAAAAACAAACAAGCAAACAAUAACCCCACCAUUUUUUAAAGGGGAACAAAACAAACUUUAUUUUAUACAACACUAAGGAGUCCCCAAGGCUACGUUAAUUAAUCACAGUACCACUUUCCAGCAGGAACUGGCUCCACACAUCAGUGUAUGUACAGUUCUCUGGUUAGGCUUUGCGAAGAGGGAAUGUGUUGUUUGGUCAUGUGUUACAGCUUGUUUAUACUGUCUUCUGUUUGUGAUGAUUUCCCUGGCUUCCAUUUGGGGACUAUGCAUAAAAUUGGUGUGAACAGGGGACUGGAGAGAUGGCUCAACAGUUAAGAGCAUUUCUGUGCAAUCAGGAGGAAUGGGAUUUGGAUCCUAGCACUCAUGUAACAGGCUGAGAAUCCCACGAAUAGCUGUAACUCCAGCUCCGAGGGAUCCAUCAUGUUCUUCUGGCAUCUGCCUGCACAGGUAUGUGCGGCCACACAUGUACACAGACACAUAACUAAAUAAAAAUAAAUCUUGAAGAA